AAAGAGAAGAAAAAAGGUGAUAAAAGAAGACAUUCAUCCACAAUACUCUCUAUGCGUCUAUUGCUAUCAUUGAUAUGUGAAUGGAUUAGUCACAUAUGUACAGUAGCGUCAAUUAAUUUAGGACAAAGCACGCAUAACCGCGCUCCAAGUCCUGUCCACAGUUUUCUAUGAAGUGUAUUUGUUUGAUCAAUGCAUUUUAGUUUUUCUGAGGUGUCCUAAAUUAAUUUUCACAACUGUAUGUAUAAUCUAGAGAGUGGAAAUAUUGAUAAUUUCAAUUACAUUUUAUCUCUAACUACAUGAAAAUCGAUAAUAUAUUGGCCAAAUACUCUGCCAAAUCAGUCACACUCUUUGCUCCUCAGGAAUUAUCCAUAAUACAAUGAGUUGGAUCAGUAUUUAGAAGAAAAAUUAAGUGUAUUGUGAAUUCUCAGCAUUGCUGGUGAAAACCUCAGCGAAACCAAUCAAAAUCACCUUCUAUGCACAUAUAUAUAUAUUGUACAGACCUAUUGAAGGCACCUUAUCAAUAUUGUUACGCGUAUUUUUAUCAACAACAGAAGUAGGAGGUUGGCAAAAAAGAGAGACAAAUUAAUUGGUGCUCAGUAUAGUGGGUGAAUUACUUUGCUCUACACUUUACAAAUUCCUCUGGCUUCGCGCUCGUUCAUCUUGUUGUGUGCGCGCGUGUGUUUUCUCAAGUCCUGAUCGUCGUAUUCUCAAAAGCCAUUAUAAAUAUGGCAUCCACUCAAAUUAGGGAAAAUGUUUCCAACCAUUUUGUGCCUCUUUGCUCCAUUUUGGCAAUUUUGUGCAUGAUUGUCACAGUGUUGGGCAUCAAAUUGCGAUGGUUUCGCCAUCGUCUCACAUUUGAUCGCCUGCCAACGGCGCCAAAGCGUGACUCGACGGAGGAAACGACGGUGGUUGUUACAGGAUUUUAUCGCAAAAGUGCAGAUUUCGACACCUUUGUGGCCAUUGAACGUCCUCAAACACUCCCUCGUGAGUACAAUUUGAAUAAUAUGAAUUCCUUGAAAUUGUCUCUAAAACUUCUCUUCCCCUCACAUUUUUGCCACACAGCCAUACGACUUGAUAAGCGAUCCACGCAAAGAAAUUCACAUUUGCUACGAAAUACGAUUCUUAUUACUGAUAAUGGUGCCAGAGAUGGUUCGAAGGCCACCCCAGAAAGUGACAUCAGUGUGAAAGAGGUGGAAAAGGAGGUGAAGAAGAGUGAAUGUGUUGUGGAAAAUGUGGUUGUUAGCAAGAAGAAAGCUCCACAACCACCAGCAAUAGCUCCAGUGGCUGCAGUGCAGGAAAAUCUUCCCCAACAAUCCAAUCACCAUCAUCAUCACAACACUGCCGAGGCGUCUGCAAAGCGUCCCGAAGACACUUCGUCAAACCAUCAGGCAGUGCAGAGCAGCAAGAAGAAGAGUAUUUUCAGCAUCACGGGUCCAGAGGAGAAGAUCAAAGGCACAAAAGUGCGAGUGUUGAAGCAGAAACACACCAAGGGCAAGGAGAAAGUGAUGGUGGUGGAAAAGAAGAAGGAUCGCCCAUCAAUAAUGCUGGAGAGCAAUCAGCACAGUGAUAAAAUCCUCGCUGAAUCGACAAUCUUCACACCUGUUGCCAUUCCUCGAAACAACACCGCGAUCAAUCCCAUCAAUGAGACUCAAGAUCAGACAAGGAAGCAACUUCAGUUUGCACCUGAAGAUGAAAUCAUUGGACAGAGUGAGAAUUACGAUAGUUGGGAUUUGGUGUCGAGACACCGUCAGAGUCUCAAUCAUUUGUCCGCCGCGCCGGCACCAAAGCCACGCGCCAGGGAUUCUGUGGCUUAUCACAAGCAAAAAGUGGCGCCAAUCAUACUUGAUGACGAUGACGAUCGUCCGCCGAAAACAUUGCGUGAAAUGCAGAAGGAAAAAGAGCGGGAAAAGCUCUCACUCGCUCGCGAUUAUUCCGACACCGAAGCGUAGAUCUUCCACUCAAUUUAUGUAUAUGUGUAUAAGAAGCUUACCUGUGGAGUUUCGCCAGUGGAAAAUGAAGGCACAGUUUCUGGUGAAACUCCAGGAAUUCCUUGUAGGAGCGA